AUAAUCGAAACAAUUGCGAAAUGAAGGUCCUAACUCUUCUCCUCCUCACCGCCUUGGUGGCAGUGGCCUCUGGCCGCCCGAACGGCGGUUGGUUUGGAAACUUAGGCGGCAACUGGGCCAGGAAGUUCGGCUGGGGAUCCUCCAGUGACGAGGAAAGCGUGCAGGAGCAGAAGUGGAUUAGCCAGAAUCAGUGGAAUCCCAAUGGUCAGGGUCAGUGGAAUGCCGGCAAUGGUCAGGGUCAGUGGAAUGCCGGCAACGGUCACGGACAAUCUCACGGAAAUAACCAUGGAAUCGGAAACGGACACAACCAUCAUGGUAACCAUCAUGGUCAUGGCAAUGGUCAUGGUCACGGUGGUCACCAGCCUCCUCCACCACCACCACCACCAACGGAUCUGCCUGAGCUGACCACCGAGGACGAUAUUGUAUCCACCACGGAUGUGACCAAUCCCGCAGAGGAGACCACCCUGGCUCCCGAGCUUCCAGAGGAAUCCACCACCCUGGCACCGGAGGAAAUCACCACCGGCUCUGAAGAAGGUAGCGGUUCCGCGGAAGAUAGCACCACCCUGGCCCCAGAAGCCCCUGAGGAAUCCACCACUCAGGCGCCGGAGGAAAUCACCACCGACUCUGAGGACGGUAGCGGUUCUGAGGACACCACUCAGGCUCCGGAAGAAACUACCACUGAAGCCGAGGACGGAAGCGGUGCUUCUGACGACACCACUGUGGCACCUGAAGACCCAGAGGAUUCCACGACCCAGGAGCCGGAGGAAACCACCAGCGACUCUGAGGAUGGAAGCGGUUCUACCGAAGAAUCGACCACUGAGGCUCCCGAGGAAUCCACCAGCGAGGCUCCCGAGGAAUCCACCAGCGAGGCUCCCGAGGAAUCCACCAGCGAGGCUCCCGAGGAAUCCACCAGCGAGGCUCCCGAAGAAUCUACCAGCGAGGCUCCUGAAGAAUCCACGACUGAGGUUCCCGAGGAAUCCUCCAGCGGGAUUCCCGAGGAAUCCACCACAGAUACUUCCGCGGUCUAAGAAGUUGAUUUCGUAGUUCCCAAGGCUCCUGGAGCAUUUCCUCAAGAAUCGUUCAGAACUGGACGUUGCCAAGUAACAAGGCUAUUAAACAAAACGUUGUAAAACGAUCUAUGGUGCAAAUAUUAAACUGUUACAGCUAAA